CAGUGCGCAUUCGCCGCUCUUCUGACAGCAGUGAGGAUGUGGGCGUGCCGCGCGCUCCUGCCGCUGGCUGCAUUCGCCACUGUUGCUGUUGCUGUUGCUGUUGCUGCCGUCGCUGCAGGCCAUCAGGACCCGUCUCUCACCGCAUUUAUCAACGCCGAUUGGUCAGCUUAUCUGUCGGACCGAGCUGUAGUCGAGCGCCACAUAAAGUGUGUCCUCGACAAAAUGCCCUGCGACGCCGACGGACUGAAGCUGAAAAGAUUGGUUCCAAUCAUGGUGGUACAGAAAUGCUCCCAGUGCACUCUGAGGCAGAGACAGAACGCUCAGAUAGUGAAACAGUUCCUUCGCACCUUUUACCCUGGUGUGUGGCAGUCUGUGGAAGAUAAGUACCGCGGAUGAGCAGCACGGUGCCGACACCAGCGCGGCGUCUCGCUCAGCAGCGCAGACCAUCUGUCCCCGCCGUGCGUCACAACCAUUUUCAUCUUAUUUCUUUCGCUUUGUUCGACAAUAAUAUUUAUUUUAUACAAGCAAGAAACGUACUUUUGUAAAUAAAACAUAACGCAUUUAUUCCACGUGCGAAAUUUGAAUCAC